AAAGUCCAGCUGACGAACCCUCUUAACUUUUAUGGAGAAGACUACAACACACUUUAUGUGCUUUCGAAUGGUGCAAUCGGAUUCGAGGCCAACGCUCGCGCAUACAAAGCCGGUCUAUUCCCGAGCGGUGCAAGAAUGAUUGCGCCGUUUUGGAACAGAAACGAUCUUCGGAAAGGUGGUCACGUCUAUUACCGAGAAAUCACCAAAGGACGGGUGUUGGAACGCGGCCAAAGCGAAAUCCGGUACCAGUACGACCGGUCGGUGGUCGUCAAGUCAGCUGUGGUUGUCACAUGGGAGAAAAUGCAACCAUUAGAAGGAACCGCCGCUUUACCUGAAGAAAACACAAACACAUUCCAAGCUGCCCUUUUCAUCACGGACAAUGGCACCUAUGCGAAUUUCAUCUACAGCAAUAUUGGUUGGACUCAGGGUGCUGAGGUGAGCCGCGGUGACGCCUUUAUGGCCCCACUUUCUCUUCCAUUCGUUCUUGUCCUUGCAUAA